AUGGAGCGAUUUACCUUCGUUACUUCUCUCAUUCUACUUUCCUUCUUAGCUAUCAUUGAGAGCUGUAAGGCUACUUCAGCUGUUCUACCAACAAGAUCUGUGCUCCCAACAUGCACUUUCCCACGCUCAUCCGCAGAUCCAUCUUCUUCAGACAUUGCAAAUGUACUCAAAAGUGCCAAUGCAACUGGCAACGCUUGCAACGCCCACUUGCAAGCAACCUCCGUUAGACCCAACAAUAACACCUUUUAUAUUCUUGAUGGUGGCUACUUUUUCAAUACUACGAGUGUGGUGGGCAUUGGUAGUCCAUCAGGAUCAGCUUGUACCGACAACUUCCAAUCAAUCUUGAACGCAAGCGUACUGGGGUCAACACCUUAUUGGGGAGGAUGGGUGGUAUGCAUCCGAGACGCUCAAUUUCCUGCUCCAGUAGGCAACUCGCUCGAUCUAGCCAACCCACUACUCCAAGCCAGUUCCUCCGUGACGCUGCCAUCAGGGGCCACCGUCCUUACUGUCUCAACAAUUUUCAGCGGAUCCCCGACAGUCAUUACCGAGACCUUUGUGCCAACUACGUAUUCUCAAUAUGCGACACUCCAAUCGACGAUCACAACAACAUCUAUCAAUAGUCAGAGUAGCACAUUCACAGUCGAGAUCGGUCCGGGAGGAGUUGCUUGGACGCCUUUCAACCAGCCCACUGGGCAACCAGAGCUGCCUCCUCCAGAUUUGCCACCUUCAGACCCUGUGGAGGCAACCUCAACCGGAUCCACUGGGGCAGUACCGGGUCAUGUCAUUACGUCUUCAGCGAAGGCACCCUCAAGCCAAUCCGCUGGAGCACUACUGGUUUUUGUCACCACGUCUUAUAAUCCAAGCGCUUCGGUCGUCUCGUCAAUCACUCCGGACCCUCCGUCGAAUACCGUAAUCUACACAAGCGAUGGAUCUCAUCCUCCCGGUUCAUACCCUUUCAUCAGAGGUGGACCGGGCUGCCUGUUCUGCCCUCCUGGAGCGGAUAGUGGAGGUAUCAUAGUGUUUGGCAUGGGAACUCCUGGUGUGACCCAACGAGUAGGUCUUCUCUACCCUUUCGUUUUUUUGAUCCGGGCACAAAAGAGGGUCUCAGAACAUGUUUCCAGCUCCAAUACUCCUCGAUUCUGUCUUAUGACUCAAUUUUUCUGUCCGCAAAGAGAGAUACUGACCUGGAAAACUACAUCAGACUCUGAUCCAUCGCCCCUUCCUUUCACCCCUUCAACAACAAGCACGACCAUUUCCUCUACAAGCACAACCACUCUAAGUCUUCCCACCUCCACUGCUCUGUUUGACAUCUCAGACCCUGUCUUCGAUUUCGACGGGGGUAGUGACAGUGCCACGGACAUCUUCAUCUGCGUGCAAAAUCUGACUCUAGAACAAAUAUUCGCCCCAGGAGGUACGCCUGUAUCAAAUGGCAAAGCGAAGAACGACGAGGCAGGUUGGGGUACUUGGCAAGGCGGCGGCUGUGAAUGUGUGGCAGGUCAAUUCUGUUGCGACGAUACUGCAAGAGUGCCAAUAAAUGCAGCUUACAACUUUGAUCUGACCGUGAGCGAGGCCAUCAACCCGGUCGACUACUACAAAUAUUUAAAGGGCGGCUUAGAGGGCGGCGCCUGUUCUUGCAAUGGACCCGUCAGCCUUGAACCAAGGAACGAAAGAACCGAUCUAGACUUUUGGGAUCCCAACAGAAAAGGCCGAACCGUUCAUGGACGCCGAUCUAAGCAGGGCACAAAAGUGCUUGUUCCUCGGGUAGACCACAGUCCGACCUGGACCAAGUAUGCACCGAGCGGGCUCAGUUAUUACCAAAAUUGGCAAGCCAAGACUGGUGCCGAUAGAGCACCUUUCUGUACCUUUGAAGACAACUACGAUAUCCAAGUUCCGCAAUUAACACUUCCCCCUAGAGCCCUUCGACCACUCUUCACUGAUUUGGGGGUUGGGAUUGCAAAAAACUAUUAUUACGAAACGGUGACCUGGCCGAAGGGAGACUCUCCCAAUGCUGAUUUCACAAACCAAUUUAGCCCUGUGGACGGUGUCAUCAUUGCAGCCUUUAACGACAGGCAAAACCUCCUAACCCGGCCUGCGUGCCCAGAUAAUUGGUCCGAAAUCGCCUGGCGGCUAUGGACGAGGUUCUGUGAGACUGUCACGCCUGGGACGACUGAUUAUUCUGGCUUGAGAUACGUCUUUCGUAGCAACAUCAACAACGCAUACACCAACGAGAUCAUCGAAGAGGCCUUGGCAGGUGUUCCGGCGGGACAGGUCCAGUCAUGGACGCCCGAAGAUACAUCGCUUGAUAAUGCAUUCUGGCCAUUGCUGGGAUCACCGAAUGGUAAUGGAAUCAUUUCUGACUAUAAGGUGGCCCUUAACGGCAAAGGGAUCACGAAAAUAAGUGCAAUGUACGAUCCUGCGGAUGGAGUCGGCAGUUAUGUUGCGUACAUGUGGGCGACGAUUGGUUGA